CAAACACAGUUGGGUCAUUGCUUCUGCUAACACUGCAGAGUCCACUGUCUAUAAAAGGCACAGUUGUUGAGUCAAAAGCUGUUACAGACACUGGGGAGCAGUCUGUGACAGACACCUCUGCAACACCUGUGUGACAGCCCGAGGAGGAAAAGAUGAAACUUAUAUUCCAAGCCACGGUUGGGCUGCUGGCAUUGUGCCUCGCAACUUGCUCAGUAAGGUGGUGCACAAUAUCUGACCCCGAGCACACAAAAUGUACGGACCUGCAGACCUGCUUGCAAGGGGCCCCAUCAUCCAUGAGCUGUGUCAGGAGGGGCAGUUUCCGUGACUGCAUACAAGCCAUUGCAAACUCUGAAGCAGAUGCGAUCACCCUCGAUGGUGGCCUUGUUUAUGAAGCAGGCUUGGCCCCUUAUAAUUUGCACCCUGUUGCAGCGGAGGUAUAUGGAAAAGAAUGUGCUACCAGUUACUAUGCUGUUGCUGUCGUGAAGAAAGGAACAGACUUUUCUUCACUUUGUGACCUCAGAGGAAAGAAAUCCUGCCACACUGGCUUUGCCAGAUCUGCUGGAUGGAAUAUGCCAAUUGGAAGACUGCUGGAAAAAAAUUGUAUAAAUUGGGCUGGAGCAGAAAGUGAGCCUAUAGAGAAAGCGGUAGCCCGGUUUUUCUCUGCCAGCUGUGUCCCUGAGGUUCCCAAAGGGGAGCCAAAUCUGUGCCGUUUAUGUAAAGACUCACAACAGUGUUCUGCCUCUGACACUUACGCUGGCUAUGCUGGAGCUUUAAGAUGUCUGACAGAUGGAGUUGGAGACGUGGCCUUUGUGAAACACACAACUGCACUAAGCCUCCCUGAAGAAGAAAGGAACAAAUAUGAGCUGCUUUGUGACAGUGACACUAGAAAGCCGCUGGAACAGUAUGAGUCAUGCAACUGGGCUAGAGUUCCUGCUCAUGCUGUCGUGGCACGGAGUGUUGAUGGUCAUACUGAUGAAAUCUGGAACCUGCUCUCCAUAUUACAGGAACGGUAUCCCAAGGGUACGACAGGACAGUGUCAAUUUUUUGGCUCAUCUCAUGGGAAAGACUUCCUAAUUAAGGACUCUGCUGAGAAACUUAUCCGUGUUCCUGCGAAGCUAGAUACUCAACUCUAUCUGGGCCCCCAGUAUUAUGCCGCUGUUCAGAAUAUCAGAAAAGACAGAUCUACACCUGAUACAUCAAACAAGGUCCGGUGGGCCACCAUAGGCAGAGAUGAGAAGACAAAGUGUGAUACCUGGAGUGCAGUGAGUGGAGGUGCUAUCGAGUGUGCUGUGGCUGACAGUCCAGAAGAUGCCAUUGUCAAGAUUCUAAAAGAUGAAGCUGAUGCUGUGAGUUUAGAUGGAGGCCUCAUCUAUAUUGCAGGAGAAUGUGGCUUGGUGCCAGUGGUAUCAGAAAUCACCAGUGACAUGGACAUAGGAGCAUGCCAUACUGAAGGAAAACAGAUCCAAGAUCACUUCUUCAGUGAAGGCUGUGCACCUGGGUCACCUGAGGACUCUCCCCUCUGCAGACUAUGUGUGGGCAGCGGCAGCACCCCCCCUGCGCACAAGUGUGCACUUAACAGCAAUGAGUUGUACUAUGGCUAUAGUGGUGCUUUUCGGUGUUUGGUAGAGAGCCCAGGGGCAGAUGUAUGCUUUGUUAAACAUACCACAGUCAUGGAGAACACAGAGGGAAACAACCAAGCUGACUGGGCACAUAAUCUGAAGAGGGACGACUUUGAGCUGCUGUGCCGUAAUGGUGAACGUCGGCCAGUUUCUGAUUUCUGCAAUUGCAGUUUGGGUGGAGCUCCCCCUCAUGGAGUAGUAACACGUUCUGACAAAGCAGACCAAGUCCGCCGUGUGUUGGCUAACCAAGAGGCUCUCUAUGGAGUCAACGGAUCAGAGCAGAAUAUAUUUCAGAUGUUCCAGUCUGAUAAUUCCAUGAAAAAAGAUAUCCUGUUCAAGGAGGGAACCCGCUAUCUUGGAAAAGUCAAAAAGGGAACAACCUACGAAGAGUUUCUGAGCUUUGACUAUGUGGCUGCUAUUAGGUCAAUCAACAAGAUCUCACCUUCAGGUCCACAUUCUGACAAUAGCUUUGGAGAACUGAGUCAGCUGGGCUGGGAGAAGAAGCACGGGUCAGAGCUGCUGGCAAGGAAGACAUUUGGUCAGUUCUGCAAGUUUCAGGUGGCAGCUGGGCACACCACAGAGACUGUCAGCCUCUUUGAGGCCAGGAGGCAUGGAAACAGUGGAAAAGUGUGGCAGCCCCACGGAGACCAUGUUACAGUAGUCAACAUGGAGGUUGUAGGAGCAUGGACCAGCAUGGCUAGAACGAACACUACAGCUCCCAUGAAGCCCCCGUCAGAAGACUGCAAAUCCCAGCAGCCACUGCGCACAAUUGGCACGCAGACCGGAAGGGGCGACUCCCGCAAAGGACACGUCUCCCGCCGCGUCGCGCGUCGCAGCGGGCUGCCGGAAGCGAUGGAAGCCGCCGAAGUGACAGCCGCGCGAGAAGCGGCGCCUCCUCCGCUGGACGCGCCGCUGCUCGUGGCGGACUUGGUGCCGCUGUCGGUGCUGGUGGCGCUGGUCGUCGUGGCCCUCAGUCUGCUGAUUUUGAAAUUUAUCCAGACCAGGAAGAGCAGUCGGAGAGCGGUACUUCUAGUGGGCCUCUGUGACUCAGGCAAAACACUUAUGUUUGUUAGGCUGUCAACAGCCAACUUCCAAAAUACACAGACUUCCAUAACAGAUAAUUCUGCCUUAUACAAAGUUAAGAAUGACAAGAACUCAAGCGUGACUUUAAUUGACCUUCCAGGACACGAGAGCUUGCGGCUUCAGUUCUUGGACAGGUUCAAGGCUGCAGCUAGGGCGGUUGUGUUUGUGGUGGAUAGCAUAACAUUCCAGCGGGAGAUGAAGGAUGUGGCAGAAUUCCUGUACCAGGUCCUGACUGACAGUGUGGUGCUGAAAAAUGCUCCUCCCCUGCUAAUAGCUUGCAACAAGCAAGAUGUCACAAUGGCAAAAUCCUCCAAACUUAUACAGCAGCAGCUGGAAAAAGAACUCAAUACCUUACGGGUGACCCGCUCAGCUGCUCCCAGCACACUGGAUAGCAUAAAUUCUGGAUCUGCCUCUCAGCUUGGGAAGAAGGGCAAAGAAUUUGACUUCUCCCAGCUACCCAUGAGAGUGGACUUUAUAGAGUGUAGUGCCAGAGGAAGCAAGGGAGAGGAGGGUAGUGCUGACAUUGAGGGCUUAGAAAAAUGGAUAGCCAAAAUUGCUUGAGCGUAGGGAAGCAUCAAAGGCAGCCAC